CAGCCUUUUCUGCAGCAGCAUUGAACUUGCAGAGAGAGGGAGAGAGAAAAAAAAAGGCAGACUGGACAGUUGUUUUGCAGAAGGAGCUCGGUGCUAUUAUCGCCGAGGCUGCCAUAGCUGUUCCUUUCACAGAGCUUACUACAAUCUUCUAUGACAUGAGCAUCAGACGUGAAUUGUUUCCAGAUUCACUGAAGACUACUGGUGUAGAGGAGUGGUCAGGGACGGAGAUCAGCAUGCACUUUUAGGUUCGACGUCGCCUUGAACGCAGCGCAGCUACAUCGCAGAGCCUCUCAAGUGCGUAUAAUCUUGUUGAAGUUGUGUCAAAGCGGGCGAUGAUUCACAUCUGAUUGUUGCUCAACUAUCUGGAGAGGACUGCAGACGGGCAAACGCUGCAUUGUGGCAACCGAGACGUUGAUUCCUGACCGAGGAUUGCACAAUCCGUUCUCCCCAAAAUGUCAUCUCAUGCGAAAGUCAAGAAGGACAAAGAGAUUAUUGCCGAAUAUGAGACCCAAGUGAAAGAGAUCCGUAACCAGCUGGUGGAGCAGUUCCGCUGUCUGGAGCAGCAGUCUGAGUCCCGGCUGCAGCUGCUGCAGGACUUGCAGGAGUUCUUCCGUCGAAAGGCCGAACUCCAGCUAGAGUACUCCCGAGGCCUGGACAAACUGGCCGAGCGCUACUCUGCCAAGAUCCGCACCUCAAGAGAGCACCAUCACUUCAAAAAGGACCAGAACCUCCUGUCCACUGUGAACUGCUGGUAUUUGGUCUUGGACCAGACCAGACGGGAGAGCAGAGACCACGCCACUCUCAGCGACAUCUACAACAACAACGUCAUUGUCCGUCUGGCACACGUGGGCGAGGAUGUCAUCAGACUCUUCAAAAAGAGCAAAGACAUCGGGGUGCAGAUGCAUGAGGAGUUGGUGAAAGUCACCAAUGAGCUCUACACUGUGAUGAAGACGUACCACAUGUACCAUACUGAGAGCAUCAGUGCUGAGAGCAAGCUGAAGGAGGCAGAGAAACAGGAAGAGAAGCACAUUGGCAAGGCCAAUGACAUUGGCUCCGGCCUGCUGCGGUACGGUCAUGACGAACGUCCACAGCGACGGAGCUCCGUCAAGAAGAUCGAGAAAAUGAAGGAGAAGAGACAAGCCAAGUACUCUGAAAACAAGCUGAAAUGCACAAAGGCCCGGAACGACUAUCUUCUCAACCUGGCAGCUACCAAUGCACUGGUGGCCAAAUACUACAUCCAUGAUGUCUCAGACAUGAUAGACUGCUGCGACUUAGGUUUUCAUGCAAGCCUGGCACGCACCUUGAGAACAUACCUCUCUGCGGAGUAUAGUCUGGAGACUUCUCGCCACGAGGGUCUGGACUUGCUGGAGGGAUCAGUAGAUUCCAUGGACAUCAGAGGAGACAAGCUGAAGUUUAUGGACACACACAGCCAGAUCUUCUGUCCUCCAGCACGCUUUGACUAUCAGCCACACAUGGGGGAUGAGGUGUGUCAGGUGAGUGCACAACAGCCUGUCCAGACAGAGCUCUUGAUGCGCUACCACCAGCUGCAGUCUCGCCUGGCCACGCUGAGGAUAGAAAAUGAAGAGGUGAGGAAGACUCUCGACGCCACCAUGCAGACCCUUCAGGACAUGCUCACUGUGGAGGACUUUGAUGUUUCGGAGGCCUUCCAGCACAGCCAAUCCACUGAGUCGGUCAAAUCGGCUUCCUCCGACUCCUACAUGAGCAAGGCAAACAUCGUUAAGAGACGAGCCAAUCAGCAUGAGACUGAGGGCUUCUACUUCACCAAAUACAAGGAGUUCUUGAAUGGCAGCAAUCUCAUUAUCAAACUGCAGGCUAAGCAUGACCUUCUGAAGCAGACGCUGGGAGAAGGAGAGAGGUCUGGAUAUGGAACAACAAGGGGAAGACGGAAUGUCCGUGCCAGGAGUCAGGACUCAGGGCAGCCUAUACCAGUGGUGGUUGAGAGCUGUGUUCGAUACAUCAAUCUGUAUGGUAUUCAGCAGCAAGGUAUAUUUCGAGUUCCAGGCUCCCAGAUCGAAGUCAACGAUAUUAAAAAUGCAUUUGAAAGAGGAGAGGAUCCACUGGUGGAUGAUCAGGCUGAUCCUGACAUCAACUCUGUGGCAGGUGUUCUUAAGCUCUACUUCAGGGGGCUUGAAAACCCGCUGUUCCCUAAAGAGCGUUUCCUCGACAUCAUAUCCACAACCAAGCUUGACUCUGGUGCAGAAAGAGCUCAUCACCUUCAGCAGAUAAUUGUGACUCUGCAGCGGCCUGUGAUCAUCGUCAUGAGAUAUCUGUUUGCAUUUCUAAAUCAUGUUUCUCAGUACAGUGACGAGAACAUGAUGGACCCCUACAACUUGGCCAUUUGCUUUGGCCCCACAUUGAUGCCAAUACCAGAUGACCAGGACCCCGUGUCCUGCCAGGCGCAUGUUAACGAGAUCAUUAAGACUGUUAUCGUCCACCAUGAGGUCAUCUUCCCAGCCCAGCGUGAGUUGGACGGACCUGUGUAUGAAAAAUGCAUGGCUGGUGGGGAAGAGUACUGUGAAAGCCCCCACAGUGACGCAGGAGCUCUUGACGAGGUAGACAAUGGUACUGGACCCAACACUAGUGAUGAAGAGUUGGAGCAGAUCGAGGCCAUCGCAAAGUUUGACUAUGUGGGCCGCAGUCCGAGAGAGCUUUCCUUCAAGAAGGGAGCCUCUCUGUUACUCUACCAACGAGCCUCUGAGGACUGGUGGGAGGGCCGACAUAACGGAGUGGAUGGGCUGAUUCCACAUCGUUACAUCGUGGUGCAGGACAUGGAUGAUGCAUUCUCUGAUAACAUUCAGAGGACUGAUGGUUCGGGCAGCAGUGGACUGCACCACGAGGAAAGAGCCUCGUCCAGAAAUGACCGCCAAUCUCCAUGUGAACACACACCGGAGCGGCGCUUUGGAGCAGCUCUGGGAAGGGUGAGGGUGCGAUCAGAUGGAGCUGCAGGUUCGCGCCACAGGAACGGCGCCGACAGUCACAGCCCCACCAGAGCUGCAGACCAGCCCCCUAGGGUUCUGCCUCGGCCCUGCAGCCCACACAAAAUAGCAGUUAACAGGGGCCCAGCAGACAGUCCCGAGAAACGACGCCUCGCCACAUUUGGCAGUGCUGGCUGCAUCAACCACCCAGACAGAAAAGCCUUCUUGGACAGCCACUCUCAACGCUCUUCUCCCAGUACCACUCGACAUGCAAGUUUAGGAGAUCACAAAACACUUGAGGCUGAAGCACUCGCUGAGGACAUAGAGAAAACGAUGAAUACAGCCCUUCAUGAGUUGCGUGAGCUGGAGCGACAGAAUGUAGCCAAACAUGCCCCUGAUGUUGUUUUGGACACGUUGGAGAUCAAACACUCCGGUGGGAGCCAGGAUCCGCCGUGCAGCCCUCUCCACACCAUGGUGAUCAGGGAUCCAGAUGCAGUUCAGCGACGUAGCAGCAGCAGCUCCUCUUCCGAGACCAUGACCACUUUUAAACCUGCUAUAUCGGCACGUAGACCGAGUGCACCUCUAAGGCCCCCGCCUGUGAGACCCGUCCGGCCGGCUCCUGUGAUUGGACAGGGACCACAUCGCUCAAGCAGCUCUAGUUCGUCCGGUCUGGGCAGCCCCAGCAUCACGCCCACUGACAGGGUCUUUCCCAAACCGCCCUCCCCAUCACCAUCCACCUCCUCCUCAUCCUCAGACAAACAAGGUAACAUGUAGCUCCAGUCAGUCACAAGUCAAGUGGUGGAUGAACACUGUGGACACCAAGCGAUCGUCAUUACCAUAACGCCCCUGCACCUCUUUUCGACAGCAAGACAAACAUUGACGUCUGUACGAUGAAUAUUUACCACUAAUCUCCUAAAGUGUAGGACAGCUACUGCUGGUUUCUGUGCGCCCACACAUUAUCUUGUUGGUGGACAAGUCGAUGUACUGUAUUCCAAAAUAACACAGAAAAAGGAUUUAAAUCUAUGAGAAUUAUUAUAAUUUUUUAUUAUAGAAUGCUACCGUGCUGGAUUAAAAAAGGGAUGCACUGGAAAAUGCUUCUGUUUACUGAAAUCUGUCAAUGAUAACAUUUCAUGUUAUUAGGUUGCAAAAUGCUGUGAGCUUGGACUUUGUAUUUGGUUUCAGGUUCCGUUAUGAGGAAACACUUAUGGGAAUAUUUUACCACUAAAUAUGUACACAUCCAGUCUGUGCUGGUGGUCUAUGUAGUCUAUUAAAACUCCUCGGGCACCAUUUUUCUUAGAGAGCCUUUCUUGCAGUGCCAGCAAAUACCAGCAAGUGUAAGGUUUUCAGCAACACUGUGGCUGUGUCUGAAAUCACUCUCUAUUUACUAUGUUAAUUUGAUUUCAGUCUCAAUAAUGAGUUGGAAAUGUACAUCUACUGUAUGUAAAAUCUUAUAAUGGAAUGAAAGAAAGUAGUGUGCAUGGCAUGUGAAGAUUUUUCUACCAACAGCCCCACAAUGCAACGUGUCACAUUUCAUAGAUUCAAAAGCUUACAGCUGUGUUACGCUUCACUUGUUGGCUAUGAAACAAAAAUAACGCCGAUUCAUAAGUGUUGGAAAUCAUAAUGCAUUGUUCACUAUAGAGUAAACUAUUGAGUGUCUUUUUUAUCAGGAGAACAAGGGAGUGAUUUCACACACAGUUCAUGGCUGAAUGGUAAAACCAUGGUGGAACUGCAUUAAGUUGCAGUUCUUCUAAUGGCCACUAGAUGCUGGCUCCGAGGAUAUUACAUCUGUAUUGGAGCCACUAUUUAAAACAAAAUAUGAAUGGUAGUAUAGACAACAAGUCACCACCAAUCCAACCCGAAGAUACUGAGUAUGAAGGGCUGAAAGCAUCUCAUGGAUGGCACCAACUGUCGGUGGGAUUCUACAAACAAAUUUAGCAGAAUAAUUUGAAAAACGGUAUAAUUACACAUAACGGCUUCAAACUAAAUGGAAAUAUCCUCAAACUUCUCCCUUGAAAGGCUCAACUAUUAUUUUUCCCACAAGGAAGUUCCAAAGAAACUGUCGCCGUGAAACUCGCCAAGCAGCUUUGUCAUCAGAAGAUGUGACGCCGCUGCAGUCUGGCCAGUUAGUAACCAGUCUGACCGGCAGUGGCAACAUCACAAAGUCGAUAGCCGGGGUUCAGUGCAGCAGAACAAUCAGCAGCAACCUGAGACUCUGCCUCUCUUUUGUUGCAUUUUCUCAGCAGUGGACUGUUACAAACUCUUUGUGACUUUGAUCAAUUCAUAGUGUUGCAUGUCAGUACGGGCAAGCUGUUCCAAAAUGUAUGUGUUAAGCCUGAUAACAGGAGAACAGUAUCUCAGCCAAAACUAUAUUUUUCCUCCAUUCAUUAAUCUUGAGAAAUAAGUCAUUUGAUGAGAGGACCAGGCUGCAGGGCCACAGUUACAGAGAACAUUGCCAAUUAUUGUGGACACUAUAGACAAUGCCACCACUAUAACUAACACAAGGAAGUAAAGAUGAAAAUCAGAAAACUGUUCUUAUAAUAUAGUCAUCUCUCUUUAUAAAAAGAUUAGCUGUGUUACCUCAACAAACAAGUAAAAGAAGUUCUCCUACAAUUCAAGUGACUAAUGCACUUAAAAUCACUGCAGGGAACUUUGCUGCAUUUGUAGGUUCUGUGUUUUCAUUUUGAUGAAGUUGUACUAGAAACAUGAUAUAGCACAUCAGUAUCAUUGAAGCUUACAUAAUGUCUAGAUUGCACACAAUCAGUUCAGGCUGUGUGGGUGUUUAGAUAAACUUGUUUACUGUUGGUGGUGUUUGUUGUCUGUCUUAUAAGGAUGAUCAAUAUAUCUUUAAAGUGUAAUAGGUACAUUGGAUUGAAUAUAUAUAUACAUACUGUUACAGGAUACUUGUAUAAAUAACAUUGUAUGAUAGGAACAGGAUAUAUUAUCAUGUCUAGUCUGUAGAUUUUUGUAAUUCUUAUCCUUGCACAAACAUUAACAAAACAAUAAAUCGGUGAAGCCUCAAUAAUUUCUCAAUAAUUUUAUUGUCUUUUGACGUCCAAUACGAUUGCUAUGACAGUGCACCAUAUUCAUAUUCAUAGCCAUAGUCCUUGUAACAUUAAACAUCUGUGGUGAAAGUGUG